AUGUGGAGGCACCAGGGGAGCGUGCCGCAGCUCCCCAUCCCCGAGCUCGAGUCUACCGUCGCCAAGUACCUUGUCUCCGUAAGGCCGCUGGUGAGCGACGAGCAGUUUGAGGCCACAGCCAAGAAGGCGGCGUACUUCCUUGUCAACGGGGACGGGAAGAAGCUGCAGGAGCGGCUCCUGCGCCGCGCUGCUGAGAAGAAAGGAUCCAGCUGGCUCAUCGACUGGUGGAACGACCGCGCCUACCUGACGGAUCGAGAGCCUGUCGUCUUCUUUGUCUCAUACUUCUAUUUGCUCAAGCAUGCGCCGCUGCCCCUUCCGCACGGCCAGUUGUUGUCUGCCUCGGCCCUCGUGCGCACCGUCUGCAGAUUCAGAGAUCAGGUCGUGAGUGGAAGCUUGCAGCCUGACAUGAUUCGCAAUGCUCCUCAGUGCAUGGCUGUCUACUCCUUCCUCUUCCAUACCUGCAGGAUCCCCGGAUCCCACUGUGACGUCGUUGCCUCCUACCAGCCCGAGCACAACACUCACAUCGUCGUUGCUCGGCAAGGACACUUGUUCAAGCUCGAGUUGGGGUCUUUGCAGGGACUAGGAGAUAUUCUCGAAGCGCUUGGCAGGAUCGUUGAGGAAGCAGAUGCUGCGGGAGAGGCUGAGGUCCCGGUGGGCUCCCUCACGUCAGGAGAACGAGACGUCUGGGCCAAGUGCCGCACGAGCCUGAUGGAGGACAAGAGCAACCGAGCGAGCCUGGAGGCGAUAGAGAGCAGCAUGUUUCUGGUGUGCCUGGACCAUCUAGAGGAGGCGGGCGUCGUCUCCCGGUCUCGUCAGAUGUGGCACGGAGACGGCAAGAACCGUUGGUACGACAAGACCCUGCAGUUCGUCGUGCUCCCCUGUGGUCAGGUUGGCUUCCUUGGUGAGCACGCGAUCAGCGACGGGGCCCCGACGCUCCGACUUUGUGAGUUCGUGGGGGCAAACAUGGCGAGGGAGGUGAGCGCUGGAGAGAGCAAGGGCCGGGGCAGCAAACUGGAGCUGUCCCGACUUGGGUUCAACCUUUCAAGGAGCGUCGUCGAGGCCCAUGCUCAGAUCCGAGCUCAGUUUGUGAAGCUUGUGGAGAGCCACGAGGCUUCUCAUCUCGUCCUCUCGGGGAUGGGUAGGGACGGGAUUAAGGCGCUCAAGAUGCCGCCCGACGCCUUCGUCCAGCUCGCCAUCCAGCUCGCCUUCUUCCGCAUGCACGGGCGAGUCACGGCCACCUACGAGGCAUGCUCCACCCGCCGGUUCCUCCAUGGGAGGACAGAGACGAUCCGCUCCUGCUCGCUGGAGGGCAAGCGGUUCGUCGAGGCCAUGGCGUCCGGGCUCGACCACAGGACGCAGUACAACUACCUCCAGGCAGCAGUCAGGAAGCACCAGCAGACCAGUAAUGAGUGCUCUAACGCGCGAGGGGUAGACAGGCACCUGCUGGGGCUCCGGCUCAGCCUGCAUGAGGGAGAGGCUAUGCCGGAGCUGUUCUCAGACCCUUCCUUCGCCACCAGCAGCUCGUGGGAGCUCAGCACGAGCCACCUCUUCAGCGAGCACCUCCAGUCGUGGGGCUUCGGGCAGGUCGUUCCUCAUGGAUUCGGAGUGGGCUACAGCAUCAACAGAGCAGAGUCGGUCUUCUUCAUCACCUGCCAGAAGCAAGCAGCGGAUCGCUCCUCUCUGCUCUCGCGUGAGAUUCAGAGAUCCGUGCAGGACAUGCAGAAGCUCUGCAACCUGUACAGAGGCAUCAGUAACCUGUGAAUUUUCGCGCAUAAGUGUGAAAGGAUCUUCCCAGAUACGAGCGUGAUAAAUUCUGCUCACAGU